UCAAUGAUUUCCUUGCUGUUACAGUGCAAAUAAAGCGAGAUAACGGGCCGUGGACAGCGGGCUAAAACUUUUUAUUUCUGACAUAUUAGAGCAAUGACUUUUGUGUAAUUACGAACCUGGGACACGGAUCCCAGCGAAGGAAUUGGGGUCUGUGCUGGAAGAAGAGAGAGAAGCUCUGAUUUUUUUUUUUUUUUUUUUGGGUGUGGAAAACCGGACGGCGCAUUCACAGUAGAUUCUGAACAAGUUUGCCUUUUCCAGAAGUAACAUUGGAAGAGUAAAAGUUACAGUAACAAUAUGAGCUUGCUGUCUGCUAUAGACACCAGUACCUCAGUGUACCAGCCUGCACAGCUUCUCAACUGGGUUUACCUUUCUUUACAAGACACGCAUCAAACGAGCGCCUUCGAUGCCUUCCGACCCGAGCCCAACUCUUCCCAUCCGGACCUGAACUACAGCAAAUCUCCUGCCAAUGACCUGAGCUCCUCUCUCAACUCCAACUAUCUCAACAACUUCUUUCAGCUGCAGAGGAAUGAGGCCCUGAAUAAUGGUUUAUACAAAAGUGUGUCCCCGUACGGCUCUCUUAACAACAUAGUGGACGGGCUGACCUCUCUAACGGACCACUUCUCCGACCUCUCCCUGUCCUCUGAGCCACGCAAGCCCAGCAAGAGACCGCCACCAAACUACCUGUGCCAUCUCUGCUUCAACAAGGGACACUAUAUCAAAGACUGCCCGCAGGCAAGACCCAAAGGUGAAGGACUGACUCCAUACCAAGGCAAGAAGAGAUGCUUCGGUGAAUACAAGUGCCCUAAGUGCAAGAGGAAGUGGAUGAGUGGAAACUCCUGGGCUAACAUGGGACAGGAAUGCAUCAAAUGCCAUAUCAAUGUUUAUCCUCAUAAACAGCGUCCUCUAGAGAAACCCGACGGCCUGGAUGUUUCCGAUCAGAGCAAGGAACACCCGCAGCAUCUGUGCGAGAAGUGCAAAGUCCUGGGCUACUACUGCCGCCGUGUGCAAUAAGGAGGAUCCCGAGGCCGUCUCCACCCUUUUCCAUCGCUUAACCUACCGAAUGCUCCAAGAAAAAGUGAAAAGUGCCAAAAUAUUCAUGUAAAUAUCUCUAACACUAGUAAUGGCUUUGUCUAUCAGCAGCAUGUGAUGCAUUUAUUGUGUAUAAUGGAAAAUGAAUAUGGUUGGGACAGUAUUUCUAUCCGUACGGGACGCAGUGGAUUACCUCACCAUUGAGUCUCCUGAUUGUGUGUUUACAGACUUUCCCUUCAUUCUCCCUGCCAAGUGAACUAUAAGGAUGUGCCAAGCACUAAAGGUGUCAUGUUAGUUUGCUCAAACAAGGGCCCAGUGUGCCUUUGCAGAGUUUUUGGGUCAAUAGCACAUCAUAUUAACUGUGAAUUAACAGAGGGACAAUGGACUUUCCGUCCCUAGCUUUUGUGUGACAUAUUUAUUUAUGUUUGUAUAUCGUUUCACAGUGCAAUUGAAUUAACUAAACUGGGAUAAUUUCGUCUGUGUUUGUAUCUGGACAGGUAUUGUCUAACCCCACCUCUUGCCAUUAGAAACUACUGUAGAAUAGAACUUUCUAAUGCUUCGGAUUAGUGCGUCAGGUAGUUUAUAUCUUUCACGUGCACGCUUUGAAUUGCCAAAUGUGAGAUAUUUUUGUCAAGUUGGCUAAGUGCAGCCCUGGAGGCACCCAUAACAUUUGAACUGAGUUGUUGGAAACUAUGCAAAACCAUUGCAGCUAAUGCAGAGUCAUCAGUUCCUUUACAUUGCUGCGCAGUCAAAUGAAGUGUGUGGAUGAUCGUCACCGUCCUUUGAAAUGUGAUUACGUAUGUUGUCAAUUGUUGCCAGAGAACUGCUUCAAACGUCUUACAAACCUAUGUAAAGAUGAGGUGUUUUUUUUACAGGGGUCAAAAUGUGAGCUUUUCAGUACAUAUGCUAGCAUUUAAAAACAUAACGCCUGUUCUUCACUGAGAUAUUUGCCUCAGGAUAAAGAGUGUCUUUUAAUGACACAUCUCCGAUGACAUACUGUGCAUGUGUCUUAUACAAACACUGCUCCAGAAAAUGUCAUUAAUUUCACUAUUAUGCAACACAUUCAUUUUUAACUUCGAAAUGAGUCAUUCACAUCCUUCACUCUUAAAAAUAAAAGUUCCAAAGGAGCUUUUUUUCCACAGCAAUGACUUAAAAGAACGAUUUUGGGUUCGCAGAAGAACAGUUUGUGAAGAACAUUUUAAUUACAUCAAGUGUUCAUUUUGGCCCUUGCACUAAAAUAUGUUUAAUAAAAAAAAAAACUGCCACUGUUAACACAAUCAUUCUGAUUAUAUUUCAGAAUUACUUUAAUCCUUAAUUUUAAACAUCUUUAUUGCCUAACCCAUAUCGACAGAUUUAUGCGUUAUCUACAAACGCACCUGAUUAAUUACACCGUUUAAACUGUGAUUUUUGGGAAGCAUUUUCUAUUUGAGUGGACAAAUAUAUGGUUGUAAAAGGAAAAGAAGGACAGAGUAUGUAAUGCUGAAGAGUUUUUAUGAGAUGUAAUGAGAAAACACUUUGGGUACAUUUGACUGAUCAGGAGACAAUUAUUAUUGAGAGCAUUAUGAUGGGAGGGUGUUAAUAUUUGGAUGGAAAUAAGCGUGUACAGGAUCUCAUAUGUGCUGUUACCUCUUGUUAUGGCUCACACAAAGUACUAAUUGAUCAUAUUUGAGUGUGACCCAGGAUCACUGAACAAUAAUUGUAGUUUUACGUGUUCCAGUGGGAAGUCAUAGACAGAUACUGUGAGAAAUGGCAUCAUCGCGUUGUUAAACCUAGAUGUACAUAAGAAGUUAAAUGCAUUUACAUGGCAGAUACAAUGUAUAUAAUCUUUUAAUUAUCUUUGGAGUCAACAAAUUGUCUGUUGAAUAUAAGUUGAUUAGAUGUCUGAAAAUGUUAACCAGCUAAUUUUACUUUAGUUACAAAAAUGGGUUGGAGUUUCUGAUGGGAAAUUCAAGGACUAUAAACUGCCAGGGAGUCGAUCAUUAGAUAACUGUUAAAUAAAAAGCAAGGCUGUUUCUGUGAGUCACUUCUUUGUUCUUUGGACGUCGUCAUUUUUUUUCUGAGACCCUUUAUUUCUUAGUAACUGUGUUUUUCUGGAGUUGCUAAUGGCUUUGCUGUGCGUACAUUCUUACAUGCCAAGAUUUUCUUCAGGCUUCAUUUAGGUUGGAAUGAAUUACUUUGCUUUUGAUAAACAUCGUAAUGAAUGGCGUAAUGAAAAUAACCAGUAAAAUAAAUGAUUACUGUGGAUUCAUCAUAAUCCUUGCUUAUCACCCAUAGCUGGUAGUCUACAAGGUGAUUUCCAUGCAUCUUUGGGAUCAAUUCAAGUUCUGUACACUUUAACAGAUGCACCACUAGAUCGAGGUCUUGUUAUUACAAUUUGCUUUAUUAUAGCAAAAUACUUGCAUUGCACUACGUAUAUGACUAAACGAUAACAGCCCUGAGUUUUGUAAAUGUUGAAGGCAGAUUUACAUAACUGAGCUUGCCUUGAUUUCUUCUAUAUUGAAUGAAAGACAGAGCUUGUGGUAUUGACAGUGUACAUGCAUUUAACAUUAUACAAAGUGCUUUAUCCGCAUGUGUUUUUGUCUUGAAAUACAUAUACUUGACUUUUAUAGCUCACUUUCAGUAUAAACUUGUUAUUUUCUAUUAAAGUUAUGUGUAUUUUGGAAACAAUAUAGAUAAUUUAGAUUUUGGAGCAGUUUGAUAUCCAGAUAUGAUUUUGUUGUUUUCCCUUACAAAGAUACUAGUAUGUGUUUUGUGUAUAUAUUCGAUUACCAUUAUUAUCAAGUUAGCAAUUUCAAAAUGUUAUGAUGCAAUAUUAAAACUUUGUAUGUGAAAAAGGGCAAAAUGCUGAGAUGCAAAAGAGCUGUUCGUUUUAUCCUUUCCUUUGAUGUUUUACGAUAAUCUUUGGUUAUAUUCUACAGAAAUAUUUAUGGAAGGAUUCUGGUCUUUUUUUUUUUUUUUACAAUUCAGUUUUGUUUUGUUUUUGUUUUUUUUGUAUAAAAGAUGCAGCCGAAGCUACUCUAUGAAGAAAAUAUUGAUGACUACAUAGAAUAUUAUUCAAAAGUUGGUACAUAAUGAUUAUGCCCUUACAAGCCAUUUAUUUGUUUAGUUUUGUUUUUUUUAUUCUGGAUGUUAUUGGUAUAUAGUAACCUUACCUGUUAGGAGCAUUCAUGUGCUUCAAUGUUGUUUAAUCUUUGUGUGUCUGCUAUACAGCAUCUAUGUUUUGAUUUGCAUGUAUAGGAAACCUUCUAACGUCACAGCGUUUUUUAUCACAACAGAGACUGACUCAUACUGUAAGUCAUAGGGCUUUUUUACUGAGGUGUUUUAUUGAUGCAAAACAGUGGCAAAAAGACAUGACUAACUCCAGUCAUUGACCAUAACAAUGAAUUGCACGUACAGACCUUUUACUUGGUCAAAAUGUGUUCGUGAAUCAAGCCCAUACUGUAUGAAACUGUGAGCUCUAGUUAGCCGUCUCCAGUUACUGCCAAGUCCAGGAAUUAUGGUGAAAUAUUUUUCUUCAUAUGUAAAAAUGGAAAAUAAUCGGACUAUUUUUCAAAUGUCUUUGGGAUUGAAGUUUGCAUGUGCAUGCUUUUUUUUUUUUUUUUUAUGAUUCAGAUUCAUCAUUUGUGCAAUGUAUUCUUAUUUAAUAUUAAUACGUUUAAUUCUUGCCAAGAGAUAUUUUGUAGAAUACACCUCUCUAAUUUCUAGUCAUAAAUAAAUGCCUCUAUUUACUCCUAGUAUUUUCCAUUAAUAGAUUUCCUGAAUGUACUGAUUUAACCCUCAUGUUUGUAAUGUCUGUAAAAUAUUUGUCAUCAUAUUGGAGUGGACCAAGCAACAGAAAGUGUUUAUGAGGGAAUCUGCUAGACUGUGAGACGAGAUGAAAUCUGUUGCUCUGUGUCCAUGAAACGGCAUUCCGAUAUGUGCCUUAUUUGUUAGUUAGGAAAACUGAAGACUGUGCUUUUAGGAGUUUGUUCAAUUAAAACAUUGACUAAG